AUGGUUUUAACUGCUGACGUUUAUUUACCAGAAGAGUCAGAUUUGACCGUGCAAGAGGUCUCAGUAUCCUCUGCAACACUUUUCGCUGGUUCUUUUCAUUUAGGAAAAUAUUGUGAACAUGCUAAUAAUGAGUUCAUGUUAUGCCGACAAGAAGAGAAAGAUCCUCGGAAAUGUAUCAAUGAGGGAAAAGCAGUGACUGCUUGCACCUUGGAGUUUUUCCGUAAAGUCAAGCAGACUUGCUUGAAGGAGUUCAACCAGUAUGCUACAUGUAUUGACAAGAGCUCUGGAGAAUUUUCUUUGAGAUAUUGCCGAAACACUCAGGGUGUAUUUGAUAAGUGUAUGCUGGAGAAGUGGAAUAUCGAGCGUCCUUCGUUUGGUUACUUCACUGAGGCGCGUGUCCACGACACCAAGAGGCCGAAACCCUUGGAAGAGCCUAAGGCUGUUUACCCAGAUGCUACACCAGCCCUACCAGAGGACUUUGAAAAGAAACCAGCUAGAGGUGGAUCUCGAUUCUACUGGAUGACCGAAUAA